UCCUUUCUUUUUGGGGAAAAUUGGGACGUAUGUAGGGUAAUUUGGACCGAGACUGGAAAAAUUAGGGACGAGAAAACACAAAAUUGGAACGCCAAAAGACAAAAUAGGGAUGGCUUGUUAGGGUUGUCACUGAUAUCUUAUAAUAGAUUUUUUAGCCUAUACUAUCACUUAAUUGCGUGAUGUAAAGAAGGUUAAUGUGUUUAUCAGUUAGUUUAUGUAAGUAUUAUAGGUAAAAGAAAAGUAUAUAUAUAAUUACUUUUUUUCGCGACAUUUACCUUGUAAUAUCUGCCCGGUCGUAUGUUCUUUAUAGCAAUAAAAAAAAUUAAAAGUUAAAAGAACUCAAACGAAUCAAAACUUUUGUUAUUUCAGAAUCUAUUCACGCGUCGAAUCAUGAUUUUGUUAACAUUCACAACGAACACACACAAAUAAAAACAGGCCUCAGAUUUUAAAUGUAACAUUAAUUAAAAAUCCGAGAUAUCCAAUUAUGAGUGAGUGAAUUAAUUGAGUUUAGUUAUUUAGCUUGGAAAGAAUUUCUUUUAUUUUUGUUAUUAUUGACAGUAAUCAAAUAAAGCUGUUUUUUUAUCUUAUUCACCUGAUAUCUUACUCUUGCUCAAAGAUCAUUUUGAAAAUGUUGAUUAAAUAUAAUUGUAUUAAUGCAUUUCCAGUCCUUUUGUUUUCUAUUUUUUAUUCUAUUUUAUGAUUUUGUUUCAGAGUUGUGAUUUUUAAGGAAAUUAAAUAAUAAUUUUCUAAAAUAUAACAUGCACAUACUUUUUUUAUCAUUGUAUUGUUGAUUAUCAUUCACGUCACAUCGCUUCGGAAUAGAAACCAGCUUAAUUUACACUAUGUUGUGUAUUGUGCUUAAAUUAUGGAUUGUAUUCAUCAUUUCGGUCCAUAUAAAUAAUUAUAUGGCACCUACCUAUAUAUCGCAGUACCGCGAGUUGACAACCCUUACAAAUAUCCCAGUUUAACCCUUAACCGUGUCAAUUUACCCCGGACGCUGGGUAAACUGGGACGGCCAUUAUUUUACCCAUUAUUUCUUUAAAAUGAAUAAUUAAAAUAAUGUAACGGUUUUUAUCACCUAGAUACGUUCAAGACUCAACUUAUUUCUUUGGUUGAGCAGUGACUAUUUAAUUGGAACUAUUUUAAAAUUCAAUCUGAAGGUCGAUUUUGUCCCUAUUUACCCCAUUGUACGGUACAUGGCUGAUGUCAAGACUAACAUCAUGGGAAUAUCGUUUUCCCCCGUAGGUACAAUUCGCACGUACGUAAACUAUCUAAAUACAGAAAGUCCAGUUAUGACAAGAUUUAUUUGAGUGUUUACAUUGAAGAAAUGAACUUUUUCAGUUGUUUAAAAGUAUGACUAAUCAAUACCAUAAACGUUGCCUUGUAACUUCCUUGAAUCUACUCAACCAAAUUCAAGGAAAUUAAUAAUUUUAGUUGAAAAAUGCUCCACAAAUCUUAUUCUUAGGUCACUUCGAUCAUCAAUAGUACUAGUUACUAUUGUUGAUUGAAGUUAGGUCACCAUCAAAUUCAAGUCAAUCCAAGUCAAUAUAGUUAUUAAAAAAUUAGGUAUGUAAGAAUACUGAUUUCGAGUAUUCUUACUAUUCUUCUUGGAAUAAAAAAUUACCAAGGCAUCUAGGUAAAAUAAAUAAAUAAACGAUUUUAGAUUUAGGCCUAAUUAGCUACCGUGUAUACUUUGAUUGUAUACACGUCCGAGUAUAUUAUGUUUGUAUUAAGCAGUAAACGAUACUAGCUUUAUGGUGUUGCAUUUUCUGUAUCAAAUAGGUAUUAUUGCUCACAAAAAAUAUUCUUUUGUGAAUGCAAUACAGGUCGUGGUAUAAAUAUAUGUAGAUAGGUUAUUUUAAAUUUAUAACAAAAUUUGAAAUUGAAAUGAAAGUAAAAAAAAAACAAAUUAAAUUGUUUAAUUUACAGGUUUACACGUUUCAGAUAUACCUAAUUAAGUAAUUAUUAUUUAAGUAGCAGUAUUUCACACAAUGCAUCAAUUUUUAAAGUUUUCAUUUCAAAAAUUUGGAGUUGGACUUAAUGUAUAGGUACAGUAAGUUUGUAUAUGCAUAAAAAACGAUAAACUAUUUACUAAAUAAUUUCCAAAUACCUAUACAAACAAUAGCAGUGUGUCUAGUCAUAAACCAAUCAUUGGGAGCCAAUACCUGACGAAAAGCUUCAUCAGAAGAUUUUUUUUUUAUAAAUUUAAGGAAUAGAUAAGGUUAUGAGGAAGAUACUUACUUAUAAUCAAUAGGUACAUAAAAUUUAUGAAUAAAGCGCGUUGUAUUCAAAUUUUAAAUCCGAGCGCAGGUAAAGAGAUAGUAAGUAGGUAACGGAGUGGAGGGGCGUAGUCCGCGUCGCGUAGUUCUCGAAGACCGGUCCAUGCCCGAUGCUUCAAACGCUGUGCUGUUUGUGCGGGUGGUGUGGCGGGUGCGCGUGGGCAGGGAGAUUCCGCGGUGCGGGCGGGGCGAGAAUCAGUUGCGCGGCGAGCGCUAUAUUGUAAGAACGUUAGGUGGUACCGCGCCAGCUCGUCGCGUGCUAGUGUUGUGUCACAGCGGUGGGCCAGGUCGGUUUCGAGAUUUCUUCGUUCCGACGUAAAUAAUGGCUCUCAACUCGGACGGUGAACAGAAAUCGAACCUGGUCCUCCGCGUGGACCAGGAUUCAGACUCUGUAUUACAAUCGUUGUUCGACACAGUGCUCAAGCCGGACUCAAAGCGACCGCUACAGGUGCCUCUUCGUAUGCGACAGCUUCCCAAGUCAUUCUUUAACCCGCCGUCGACCGGUUCCAAGUCGCCAUCAGUGUCUCACUCGCGAGAAAACUCGGCUGAUUCGGCAUUCGGAUCAUCGUCUGCAACUGGCACCUCUACAGUUUCCCAUUCACGGGCACAUUCGUCACCAGCAAGCUUGCAACAAACUUACACCGCAGGCCAACAAAGUCAACAACCACCGUUGCAUCAUCAACACACGAAACAAAGAUCUUAUGAUGUUGGUACACAUAUUCCAGACGAUCUUGGACCCUUACCAGCAGGCUGGGAGCAAGCUCGUACUCCAGAAGGACAAAUAUAUUAUUUGAAUCACAUAACAAAAACGACGACAUGGGAUGAUCCGCGGAAAACUCUCGCAGCGCAGAACGUGGCCAACACUGUCCAGCAUCAAGCCGCCGAAGCCCUGCUCAAUCAGAACGCACAACAAACCAUUACCAACACAGCCACACCUGCAGCGAAGAGUACAAGUAAUACGACAACAGAUCCUUUAGGGCCACUGCCGGAAGGCUGGGAGCAGGCCACGACAGCGGAAGGCGAAAUCUACUUCAUUAAUCACGCAGCUCGUACCACGUCCUGGUUCGAUCCUAGAAUACCGCAACAUUUGCAACGUACGCCAGUGGGUGCAACCGGCGUGGCGGGGGGAGGCUGGGCCAACGCGUCCAUUCAAGCUUGUCAACAGAAACUUCGACUCCAGUCGUUGCAGCUCGAAAGAGACCGACUCAAACAGCGCCAACAGGAGAUCAGACUCCAACAAGAACUAAUGGCCCGGCAGGCGUCUUCUAUCGUAUCGUCUUUGGCGAGCAGUACAGGUGCGGUGGCGAGUACUGAAUUGCCCUUGGACCCUUUUCUGCCUGGGCUGACGGAUCAUCAGCGCCAAGAAUCAGCCGAUAGCGGGCUCGGCAUGGCAGUCCCACAGUCCUAUUCCAUGCCGCACACGCCUGAGGACUUCCUCUCCGGCAUGGACGAUCGCAUGGACUGCACCAGCGAGGCCGGAGCCAACAUGGACUCCACGGACAUCACGCUCGGCGACAACAUAGGCUCCACUGAUGACUUGGUACCGUCUUUACAGCUGAACGAGUUCACUAACGAUAUACUCCUGGAUGACGUGCAAUCGCUCAUAAAUUCAACACCGAGCAAACCUGACAACGUACUCACGUGGCUGUAAAGCGUAGGCGUAUCAUGUCAAGUAUUUUCUACAUAUUUUUAUUUUUAUUAAGUUGCGUAAAUGAAACUUCAAAAUAAUCAGGACUUCAAAAUGAAACUUCAAUCAGGACUGCUCUUAAUUUACGGAUAAAAAUUUAUCCCACGCGAAAGAAAUGACUGAAACGAAAAACAAUGAUUUUCAGAUUCCCGCCAAAUUUAAUUGUUUGAUUUGACAUUUUUUUAAUUAAUGAACUGUGAUUCGUGAUAUAUUUAAAAGUCCGAUGAUAGGUUGAAACUUUUUGAUUUACAACUAAAAUACACCGAACGAAAAUAAAACAUGUUAAAUUGAGUGCGUAAAUUAAGGCAAUCCUAAAAUUGUAUCAUAAAUCCGAUACAUGUGAAGACGUGAUUCGAUCUGAGAGAGAUCCGAAUUGCUAAUUUCGUCAUUUUACUAGUUUAGUUCAUAAUGUCUAGAAGUUUCCUUUACCAGAUUUAGGUAUCAGUGCUAUUAUAGUUAUUUUUAAUUAGUGUACUUACCGCUGUUGAAAAAGUCCGCCAUUACAUUGUCGUUGAUGAGGUAAUAUGGAUGUGAAUUACACUGAAAAUGACAAUAACUGGUGUGUGCGCGGAAUAUUGUGAACAUAUUUGGUUCAUUAUAAUAAUAAUGUUUGACGGCAGUUUCUAACAACACUUCAUCGAAGUCUUUCGCAGCGGCCAAUGUAGGCAACUAUAGUUGACCUACUUUUAACAAACUUUAAAUAAUAUUUAUAGUUUUCUGGUAAUCUAAGAGCACUGUACUCAGGAUCACGCGUUGCCUACGUCGGUUUCUGAAAAACUCCACGACGUCUUCAGAUUCAAAAGGGACAGCAACCUAAAUUCACAAUCUCACAUCGGCAAUACAUAAAGCUGUAUUUCUCUUCAUGGCCAGUAAUUAGGUAUAAUUUACUCUAUCGUAAAAUUGCUUCCUUUUGUACUGAUAAUGACGUAACGGUUUGCUUUCUAACAUUGACUGUACGAAAUGAAUUUCAUCUCUGCAUUUAUUAAAAUGAGAUUGAAAAUACAGACAUCUAAAAGAACUGAACCGUUGAAUAUUCGAAUGUCUGAUUUGUACCAACAAAAAGUGCUGCUUCUAAGAAUUUGUUGUCACAGUAUCAACUUCUGUUUUAAUAGAAUUGAUACAGACGAUUAGUGGCAUAGCAUUCUCUUUACAUUAUUAUUUUUUAUCUUUAACCAAACAUAAAAUUUUCUCGAAAAUAAUUCACCAUGACUAUUAAAUGACGGUUAGCUGGUUGAAUAGAGGUCGAUACUAGGUUUGGUCCCGACCAGAAGCUCUUUGUCGCAAGCCUGUUUUCCGAACGGAAAAUAACCGCCGUGCGACAGAAUCAUUCGUUAAUCAGUUUCCCAUAUUCUUUUGAUCGAGAUUAUCGGUAAACGAACUCGUGCCUGCCCUUAUAAGCGAAGUAUUCGUUGUAGUGUAUUAUCUAAAAUUAAGAUUGUGAUAACAUCUUGACGUAACAGUGCCUUAACGUGCCUUAAAUAAAUAUAUUUAUUAUGUAAUUUAGGUGAUAUUGAUAUUUCUACACUAUUUCUACAUUUUUACAUUUUCAUUAUUAUAUUCGAUUAAUAUGGUUGACAGCAAACGAGCUACGCCAUCGUGUAGAUUUGCGUUUUGUCGACUCACACCGUCCUUGUGUAUUUUUCGAGAUUAUAAUUAGUUGUUAAGUUUGAUACAUAGUUAAUUCUUUAAUUAAGUCAUCAUGUUGGCAACUAUUACAUUUAGUCUAUUUUAAAUGAAGCGUUAAGUACGCGUCGCGCAUGUCAUUAUCGCGACACAGUUAUACAAAUAUGUAUGAGAUACUCUGUGUGUUGUAUUCGAGUAUGCCACUUUUGCCUUAUUCAUUAUAUGCAUAUACUUAUAAUAAUUAUAUUGUAAUGACAAGUAGUAUAUAUGUCUAUAUGCUAGCUAUGAAUGAAAUUAUCUCAAUGUCAACUUUGAUUUUAUAUUCUUCUUACCUAUCUAAAAAUCGAUGAAAUUUAUUUGCUAUUAUACUAUUUUUAAAUCAAAUUAUCUUCUCAAAAUUGUGUUUUAGCCCACCUAGUCUUUAGAUUUCUUUCGCAUGAGUGUUAUGAAUUCAAAUAGCUCGAUUGGUUUGUAUUUUAGGCCUUUUUAAUAAUGAAAUACUACAUUGAAAACUUUGCCAUAUUAGUAAAUGUACUACUAUUCUAAUAAGACUUAAUGUAACUUUCAUUUAUGUUAACUAGCAUUAACUUCGUCUGUGUAACUAUUGUAAUUAGACGUAACGGUGCUGGGUUCAUGAUACAUAUAAUUUUGUAUUUUGUAGAUCCAUUCGUUGUAUACCUAUUUAGUAUUUGUCUCGUGUUAAUAAUGCUAUGAGUUAAUUAGCAACGCUUCUCGUAUUGUUCGGUUCAUUAUUCUGUUUUAUAUUGCUUUCAUUUAGUUCGGUCGCUUCCCGGUAGGGGGCGCCCGCUUCGCCAUCGCCACAUCCUCGACCUUGGUCUCAACCAACCGACACAACACUAACGUGUAUUACCAAAUGAUAAUGAAAACAUUACUCAGGGUUAAACUAUAUUUUCUAAAAACGUCAUUCUAUCGUUCUAAAUUGACUAUAAUAAUUAGCACUAAAAUCUGACUCUUUUCACUGUUACUAAAAAUCAUACCGCGUUUCCUCAAUCGAUUUCGAAUUCUCUUCAUCUAACGGUAGCAGUAGUUACUUUUUUCUAACUGUAAAAUUGAAGGUUCUAUAACUGUCAUUAUUUAUUUAAAUUGCUUUAACUGUCACUAUCAUAGAUACACCAAUUUUACAAUAGAUUAAAAAUGAUAAACAUCGGUUUUUUUGUUCGACAAAAUUCGACUUUGUCACCAAUUUACUAUGUUAAAUGUGUUAUAAUAAAUUUGUGACAAUACGUCUUCGUAGUGCAUAUUAAAUAGGAGGGACAAUGUAAGAUAACGUAAUGACAAUAUGUCAUCAAUUUCUGUCGCGAAUCGAUUUGAAGGUUUAGUUAAUGCAAGUGAAAUUUCGAUUUUGUCCUAAACCACCAAUAACUAUAUCUUACUCACGUAAAUUGGUGUUAAACUAUUUUAGUUGGCGUGUCGGUUGGAGCCUCAUCCAUGUAUCGACUAGUGUUCCUGUUCUAAUUGUUGGUUUAAUGUCACAUCGAGAAACAUUCCAUGAUGCUAACAGUUCGCUCGGCGCCGGUCCUCUUACGACGAGGCUGGCACUGCUUGCUAAAGAAUAAUUUUCGGAACAAUAUCUAGAAUUUAAAACUAUAUUCGUUUAAUUCUAUAAGUAAGUAAACUUUAUAUUUUACACACAUAUCUCUCCAGUUUGAUAGCAGAUGCAAGUUUUCUCUGUAGUGUAUGUACGUGUAUCAAUGUUAUAACAAUGAAAUUAAAAGUGUCGAUUCAUUCAUUUACUAUAAUUUCAUUGUAAAUAAUUUUCGAUAUUCUUAUAUGGAGUAAAUAUUUGUUUAAUACCGAA